CGACAAAAAAAUAGUCUUUGUUGGGUAAAGAAAAGUGUAAAAGCUUCAAGAGAGUGUUCUUCCACCGCGGACCUGUUGAUGAUUCUUCGUCCUCUCCGAACGAUGUCAGAUUCUCCGACGAGUGAUGAAGGAAGUUCCGAUCUUCAACUCGCAAAUAAUGAACUGAAAACCCCCAAUUCAUUAGAUGCUCUUGUGACUAUCGCUCAACUACCACCAUCGUUACCCUUUCCUUUUGCUCCUAUCACACCAUUAACUAAAUUAUCGGGUAAACGAAAGAGGUUGAAGACCUCGAGAUAUGAUUUUCCUUCAAACAAUGCAGAGAAGAAACGUUCAUCUUCAAAACAUAAGGCGAAGCAUGAUCCAUCGGAUACUCCAGCCCAAAUCUCACCAACUAUGAUUCGAGCAGGGGAGCUUCAAUCAAGCCUUGGAUCUGAUCAUCCUAGCUUUAAAAAAAUCAUGCUCAAAUCACAUGUUGUUAGUUGUUUUUGGAUGGGUCUUCCAGUGCCUUUCUGCAGAUCAUUUCUACCAAAACAAGAAACUUUAAUGGUGAUUGAAGAUGAAAAUGGACAACAAUAUAAGCUUAAAUAUAUUGCUCAUAAGACUGGACUUAGUGCAGGAUGGAGGAACUUUGCAAUUGCACAUAAAUUGCUUGAAGGAGAUGUUUUGGUUUUCCAGUUAGUUGAAUCCAACAAAUUUAAGGUUUAUAUUGUAAGGGCGAAUGAAUCAAAACAAGUUGAUGAUGCUCAUAACCUUUUAAACCACAAUACAAAUAAAAAUCACAAGACUCAAGCAAAAUUGGUCAACAAAAGAUCUGAGCCCCCUACGCUGGCUUCUGAGUUGAAUGUCAACUCAAAAGCUGAAGGGGGUCCACAUAAACCAGAUCUUCCAUCAAAGAAAGUCAAAUCAAGAUUGGUCUACAAAAGAUCUGAACCCCCUACACAGUCUUCUGAGUUGAAUGUCAACUCAGAUUCUGAAGGGGGUCCACACCAACCAGAUGUUCCAGUAAAGAAUGUCAAAUCAAAAUUGGUCUAUAAAAGAUCUGAACCCCCUACACAUCUUUCUGAGUUGACAUCUCUUGUCAACUCAGAAGCUAAAGGGGGUCCACAUCAACAAGCUCUUUCGUCAAAAAAAGUCAAAACCUUCAAAGACUUUCGCAUUACGGUCAACAAACAAUGCAUUGACUCGGAACUGUCAGAAGAAAUCCGAAUGAGUUACUAUAAAUUAUGUAACGCGAAAAAAGAACUGCUUCACGAUAACCUUCCGGAAGGUUUGUAUUAUAAGUUGGUGGCGGGGAUGAUUGGUGAAACUGUAAAUAUCGCGAACGCGAUCAAGAACUGCAAGCACACCACAACUAAGGAGGAAUUCGACGCGUGGGAUAGUUCCUUGAAGUCUUUUGAACUUAUGGGAAUGAAAGUAGGGUUUUUACGCGAUAGGAUACAUAUGCUUGAAAAAGCCGUGUUUGAUUCCGAAAAUGUGAAAAAAUACAUGGAGGCUAUUGAGGAACGAAACCGAAAUGGAAUCACAAUGAAGAUUUUGGAGGCGAAGAUUGCGGAUUUGAAAGAAAGUAAUAGGAAGAUUGAUGCUAUUUUAGGUAGUUUGAAAGAGAAAGUGGAGGGGAAUGAGGUUGUGUUUCAAGAAAAGGUUAAUGAACCAUGGUAGGAAAUUAGGAAUGUCUUAACUCUUAAGGUGAUUUUUUUUGACUUUGUAGAUAGUUGAAUUUAAGGCUUGUAUGUUGAUGGUGUGUAAUGUUAUUUUAUGUAGUUGACUAAAUUAGGGUAAAUUUUUAUUUUUCUAGUA